AUGGAGGUUGCAAGGUCAAAAGAAGGAAUAGUAAUCAAUAAAAUGAAAUAUAUCCUUGAUCUAAAAUCAGAAACUGGAAUUAAGGGAUGUAAGCUGGCAGAAACACCCAUGGAAGCAAAUCUUAAGCUAAGGAGAGAAGAAUUGGGAAGUCCCAUGAACAAAGAACAUUAUCAAAGGCUAGUAGGUAAACUAAUUUAUUUAUCACUUACUAGACUUGAUAUUGCGUUCCCUGUCAGUAUAGUGAGUCAAUAUAUGAGUGAUCCAAUAGAAGAACAUUUAGAGGUUGUGAAUAGAAUUCUAAGAUACUUGAAAAUGACACCAGAACAUGGGUUAAUUUUUAGAAAGAGUGAUGAUAGAGAAGUAAGAAUUUUUUCGGAUUCAAGCUGGGCAGGUGAAUUAACGGAUAGAAGAUCUACAACUGGUUAUUGUUCAUUUGUUUCAGGAAUUCUGGUUGAAAAGGAAAUUGGAGAGAAAAGAAUCAUUGCUUUUCAUGGGGUUGGAUUGUCAGUGGUGCAAAAAAUCUGGCCCCUGGAAACUGCCGCUGCUUGUAAAAUGUCUGAAGAGAUCAGUUAUAUUCAUAUACACUUAGUUUCUGAUUCGUUACCGCACUACGGAUUUGAAAAUAAGUGA